CUGACUAAGGUUCAGUUUUUCUCUUCUGAUGCUCGAUGAUUUGUGCAACUCUAGUCUCGGCGAGAGCAUCAAGCAGAAAAGUACCACUACUUUUGCUUGGCUCUGCGCAACUACUAGAGAAAAAUAGCCUCGACCGUGAGUGAAGUGACAACCAUGGCUGCCAAGAAGCUCGUGCUCAUACGCCUCCUACUCGUGGGGUUCAUAAUAAACCAUGUAGCCCGCACCGCCGCCGGCGCCGGUGACGACGACCACCAGUUCGUCUACUCCGGCUUCGCCGGCAGCAGCGGCCUGCUCCUCGACGGCGCGGCGUCGGUGACAGAGAGCGGCCUCCUGGAGCUCACCAACGGCACGCUCCGCCAGAAAGGACACGCCAUCUACCCGACCCCGCUGCGCCUCCGUGGCCGCUCCUUCUCGUCCUCCUUCGUGUUCGGCAUCCUGUCCGCCUACCCCGACGUGAGCGCCAACGGCGUCACGCUCUUCGUCGCCCCGACCGCAAACUUGUCGGGCGCCAUGGCGGCGCAGUACCUCGGCCUCCUCAACACCAGCAACAACGGCAACGCCACCAACCGCGUCUUCGCGGUGGAGCUGGACACCAUGCAGAACAACGAGUUCAGGGACCUCAGCGACAACCACGUCGGGAUCGACAUCAACAGCCUCGUCUCGGCCAACUCCACCGACGCCGGCUACUACGACGACGACGACGGCAGCGGCGGCGAGUUCCGCAACCUGACGCUCAUCAGCCACGAGGCGAUGCAGGUAUGGGUGGACUACGACGGCGGGACCGGCAGGAUCAACGUCACCCUGGCUCCCCUCGGGAUGCGGAGGCCGGCGAGGCCGCUGCUCUCGGUGGUGCACGACCUCUCGGCGGUGAUCCCCGACACCGCGUACAUCGGCUUCUCGUCCUCGACAGGGCUGGUCAGCUCCCAGCACUACAUCCUUGGAUGGAGCUUCGCGUUGGACGGCCCCGCGCCCGCCAUCGACAUCGCCAAGCUGCCGAAGCUGCCCCGCGAGUUCCCGAAGCCGAGGUCCAAGGCCAUGGAGGUCAUCCUGCCCAUAGCCACUGCCGCGCUGGUCCUCUUCGUGGGGACGGCCCUUGUCCUCCUCAGGAGAAGGCAGCUGAGGUACAGCGAGCUGAGGGAGGAGUGGGAGGUGGAGUUCGGGCCGCACCGCUUCUCCUACAAGGAUCUGUUCCGCGCCACGGAAGGGUUCAAGAACAAGAACCUGCUGGGGGUAGGAGGAUUCGGCAAAGUGUACAGAGGAGUUCUUCCGGCGUCCAAAUGCGAGAUCGCGGUGAAGAGGGUGUCGCACAGCUCGAAGCAGGGCAUGAAGGAGUUCGUCGCCGAGAUCGUCAGCAUAGGGCGGAUGCAGCACCCCAACCUCGUCCAGCUGCUCGGCUACUGCCGCCGGCAAGGUGAGCUGCUUCUGGUGUACGAGUACAUGCCAAACGGGAGCCUCGACAAGUACCUGUAUUCUCAGCCUCAAGAGGCCAACGACAAGCACAACGGUACUCUGAAUUGGGUUCAGAGGCUUGGGAUCAUCAAAGGCAUUGCAUCGGGAUUGAUCUACCUCCACGAGGAGUGGGAGAAAGUUGUCGUCCAUCGCGACAUCAAGGCCAGCAACGUGUUGCUCGACAGCGGCAUGAACGGCCGGCUCGGCGACUUCGGGCUCGCGAUGCUGUAUGACCACACUGCCGACCCGGAGACCUCGCAUGUCGUCGGAACCAUAGGGUACCUAGCCCCGGAGAUUGGCCGUACCAGCAAGGCGACCAUCCUGACCGACGUGUUUGCCUUCGGCAUAUUCGUGCUGGAGGUCACCUGUGGGCAGAAGCCCAUCAUGCAAGAUUCAAAGGAUGAUCAGCUCAUGCUGGCAGACUGGGUGGUGGAGCACUGGAACAGGGGGUCACUGGUUGAGACGGUGGACAGCAAGCUCCAGGGCGACUACGAUGCCGAUGAGGCGUGUGUGGUGCUAAAGGUGGGGUUGUUGUGCUCUCACCCGUUUCCUGAAGCAAGGCCUACUAUGCGGCAAGUCUUGCAGUACCUGAAUGGUGAUAUGCCGGUGCCGGAGCUAGUUCCGGCGCACCUGAGCCUCCAGAUGCUGGCGUUCAUGCAGAAUGAAGGGUUUGAUUCGUACGUCAUGUCGUAUCCUUCAUCUGUGGAGAGCAUUAACAGCCUCACUAGCCUUGUGCACGAGAGAUAGGGUAUGGUGUUAACAUUGGUUUGUAUUCCUUGUCUCUUGUAUAUGGGCAAUUAAGCUCAUACUUGUGUAUGGUAUAUGUUGGAAACGAUUGUUUUGGCAA